GGGCUUGCUCCUGGGCGGGGCCUGCUGCAGCCCCCAGCGAGGAUUCGGGUUCCCGGCUCAGGGUGCCUGCGUCCCCAUGGGGCUGUGCUUCCCGUGUCCCGCGGAGUCCGCACCGCCAUCCCCGAGCCCGGAAGAGAAAAGACAAAAGCUGGCAGAGGCGGCAGAACGAAGGCAGAAGGAGGCGGCAUCUCGGGGAAUUUUGGACAUCCAGUCGGUGGAGGCAAAGAAGAAAAAGAAAGAACACUUAGAAAAGCAGAUGGAGACAUCAGGGCCACCGACAGCAGGGGGACUUAGAUGGACUGUGUCAUGAAGCAUUUCAUACCUGGAGGAGAAUCCUGCCACCAACUCCAGCAUCUGCAGACAAUGGAUUUCAGCUGAGGUCUCCUCUUUUCAGGGAUCAAGAAUCAGACUGUAUCAUUAGUGCCCUCUAGUGCAAUCCUAAAACUAAAUAUACUAAAUAUACAAAAUAUUGGUAAUACUUUUAUUUUCAAACUUACUAAAUAACCUAGCUUUUCAUUCUAUUCUACUUUUCCUACGUCUAUUUUCUCUUCUGCAGAAAGUAACUUUGCAGUUUUUGUAGUUAAAAUAUGGAUCCAAAAGGUAUAUGUGCAUGGCAUGUCCUGGUCCUACAUAUAUCUCCCAUGUUGAGUUUGCUGCUAUACCUCUGCUUUAUAAGUAAUCUUGCUACCUAGAAUCAUGUGACACAGCCUGUGGUCUAUUUCUCUCUUACUAAAUAGGAAGAUUUCAGCUUCCAGACUUAGUGCCUUUAAGCUGAUCAUCAGGGAAAAUCCUGAAAAUGCAUUUGAAGGACUUCAGGUGAAAGAAAUCUUUAUUUUUAUAACCCACUAAGAAAGGAGUAUUUGUAGGCAAAUGUUGACUCUCUGCUAAUUUAUUUUCUGUACCUAAGGCAUGUCAUAUUAACUUGAAGUUACAUGUCAGUAGGACAUCAGCUCAGUGACCUGCUGAUGUGUUCUACUUGAAUCAUGAAAGUCUAUGUAGUGUAGGGAUGAGACCAACUGAGAACCAGGUUGGAGAUAAUGAGUGAUAAUAUAUUUGUUCAAAUUUCACAUUUUUAUUCUUCUGUAUUUAUUAAAGAAUAAUUGUAAGAUCUAUACAUUACAUGAUGUUGUCAAUGAAAGUAUGAAAGAGAAAUAUAUAAGUUCUGAACUUGGAAAGCACAAGCAUGUGGAAGCAUCUUGUGAUUUAUGACGUUGUAAGCCCAGAUGCAAGUGUGCAAGGCUGCUGCUGCUAUGGAUGCCAAGACCUUCAGUGUCGACAUCCAGUCCUUGCCUUACAAGUUAUAGGUUCUAGUCAGUCAGGAAUCUCAGUGAGUUAGGCUAAGUCACAGCCAUAAAAAGAAACUGAGCCACUGGCUCAUCUGUCCCUCCCACAAGGUAUCUGACAGUGUGUCACACAUGUACUUUUUAAAGAAUUAGAGCUAUGAUAUAGGUCUCAUAAUGACUGAAAUAUUACUUUUCUAUAGUUCAAAAUGUUUCAAGAGCAAGACAUAGAAUUGUAUCAGCUCUGUUUUCUUCAUUUAGAGAUUGUGAUAUUUUUCUUCAUCAUCAUCAAGCUGACUUAUAGAAAUAAUUUUUAGCUCAUUUUGGUAAGUAAUAUUUCUGACAUAGGAAGGCUGGUUCAGCUACAUGGGGAGAGAGACAGCACACACCAGCCUGCACCUCCUGUGAGCAUAGAUAAAGCGUUCUCUUCCCUUCAUCUUAGAGCUUGGUUCAGUGGGCAGUGCUGCAUUUACUAGCUAAUGGCAUGCUUCACAAGUGACAUACAGGUUUAUUGCUUGCUUGGGAAAACUAGGAUCCACUGCUCUUGGCAGCUCUGGGCUAUCUCUGCUGUUCCAAGGUCAUGUGCAUGGCUAUGGCCUGCCCCAGAGAUCUGAACCUUCCCUCAAGGCAACACACGGCAUAGGCACUAAAUGGUGGUUUAAAUCUCAUGAAUGUGAUUGAAAAGAGGAAAUGGGAUGCUUGAUAGGAAAUUGGGAAAUGUCUAUUAGAAAUCAUAUAUACAUCUACACAUUUUGCUUAGGUUAUGGAUAGUGAUGUAGAGGUGAGUUUUCUCUAACGUAAGACUUAAAUAUAACAUUGAAUAUAUCUUCCAAGUUUUAUAGCCAAGUUGCUAAAACAUAAGAAAAGCAUCAGAUACAGAAAGGUAACUAGUGUAUGCAAACUGCAGUCUUAAUUGUAAUUCUGAAGCUAAUAUAGCUGAUGAUAAAAGAGUUAUAUAUAUCAUUACAGAAGGUUUCUGUGACUGGUUGCAUGUUUUGGAAACAUCUGUAAAUGGUUCUUUUAUCUAGUUUGUAUUAUGAUUAUAUCUGGAAUGUGAUUUAUUAGUUUUCUAAUAUAUUUUGAGCCCAGUGUUAUGAAUUCUGCAUUGUCUCUGCGUAUCUGAACAUACGACUUCCUAUACAAAAGUUCCCUUUGGCCAUGUCUUUAAGUAAAAUGUUUCUACUCUGUCUUAAACAAAUUGUGAGUUGUCUUCAUAAUUAGGAACACAUCCAUGUUUCUGGGGUUAAUAAUGGAAAGGUACAAAAUGACUGCGUGGAGGGGGCAUGUUUCUCAUCCUGUAAAGAAAUGUUAUUAUGUUGUUAUUACUCUUGCUUUUAGAUUAAAAAGUAAAGCACUGUAGAAAGGCUCUGUGCAUAAUCCCCAGAGCCAUGAAAAUUUGACAUAAAAUUUGAAUUUAUGUUUAUCCAAAAAUUUGGCUUAUUUUCACUGUUAAGAAUUAUACUGUGUUCUUGGAAGAUGAAAAGUGUACCUUCUCAGUUUUGAAUAAAGUAUAUAAUUUAACAGA